CUUCAUCCUUCCCCUCUUUCUCUCUUUCGUUCCUAGGCCUAUUCUUCUUCACUCUUCCCCUCUGUCUUUCUCUCUUGUCCCUGGGCCAUCAAUCCUUCGACAUCUCUUCUCGUUCCAUUUCACCAUUUUAGGUUUUUUUUCUUUACAGUGAAUCUGGGUUCACCAUCACCAGUGCUGGAUUUUUUUCUUCCUCCUCUCUUCUCUCUCUCAAUCCUUCGAAAAUCAAACUUCUUCCUUCCUUUCCCCACUCAUCCUUUUUCUUUCUUCUUCCUCUCCCAAUCAAACCCAGAUCUGGGUUUUUCUCAAACCCAAAUAUGGGUUCUUCUCAAAUCCAACUGUCCUAAGAAAUGGAUAAACUCGGUGUGUAAGAGCCGCCACCCGCAGGACUCACUACACAAGCACACGGUGGAUCUCGAAAUGAAUCUUCAGAUGGUCUCUGAAGAGAUUGCCGCCUCUCUCGAGGAGCAGAGCGCUUCUGCCCUUCUCCGUGUCCCUCGUGCCACUCGUGACGUCCUCUGCCUCCGUGAUGACACCGUUUCCCUCUGCAAUUCCGUUGCUGGAUUCCUCGACAAGCUCAAGAAGCUGAAUUUUGAAAUUGAAGGCAGAAGGCUCCUCAGCGGAAUUUGAGUUGUUAAUGCAUGGUUCUCUUGUUUACAUCUAUUGAACAGGAUGCUGCAGGGUUAACACAGUGGAGAUCUGGGUUUUAGAUCUGGGUUCCAGCGAUGUGCAGGAUGAGAGAGGAGGAGAAAAACCCAGAUCUGGGUUUGAUUUGGAAAGGAAGAAGGGAGAAGAGAGAGAACAAGAAUAAAAAGGAAAAAGAUGA